UUCAACAACUAAAAGCUGGCAAUGACCAAGACUUUUGUUUUGUUGUUGAUCGGAAUGACCAGAGAAAGACUUGGAACAUGAAAGUAAAGCUACACUCCAAGUCCUCCUCCACCAUAUAAUUCUUAUCCUUGAGACGCGGUAUUCACAACACCCCUUUCUCUUUUCCCUUGUAAUUGUUCACCGAGCAUUUUUAUCUCCAAGCCCCAAUUUCUGUUUUCAUAACAAAAACAUGGCCGAGGCUAUGCUCGUCCCUGCAGCCAAUGGAAUCCUGACUUUGCUUUCCCUGGUAACCAAGCAGAUUGACAAUCCGAUUAAACCGGCUUGGGAUUUCAAGGAAGACCUCGAAAAGCUCCGCGAAAGGUUAGAAAUGAUUCAGGCCUUGUUACAUGAUGCUGAGAAGAAGAAAAUAACAUCACAAACUAUGGUGGUGUGGCUGAAGAAACUCAAGGCUCCAAUCUGCAAUGCUGAGAACGUGCUGGAUGAAUUGGCCUAUGAAGAUCUUCGAAGAAAGAUUGAGGUACAAAACCGGAUGAGGAACAAGGUGCGCGAUCUUUUCUCCCCCUCUAAUCCAUUGGCGUUUCGUUUCAAGAUGGCUAAUAAGAUCAGCAACAUCAAUAAACUGUUAGACAGAAUUUGUAAAGCAGCAGAUGAUGUUGGUCUUAAACCAAUUGAUCAACUCGUGGCUCCUGCUGCUGAACCUAGGGAAUUCAUGAUGACUGGACCUUUUUUAGAUGAGACACAAGUUCUGGGGAGGGAUGGUGACGUGUUGAAAGUGGUAGAUAUGUUACUUGGGAUGGACAUAGAAGGUGAUUUACCUGUCAUCGCCAUAGUAGGAAUGGCUGGGGUCGGCAAGACAACUCUUGCUCAGAUGGUUUACAAUAAGGCGGAAGUUAUGGAGAACUUUUGUUAUAAGAGUGACGAGAGUGACAAGGGUGACAAGAUUGAUAAGAGAAUGUGGAUUUGUGUGUCAGAUAAUUUCAAGGUAGAUAAGUUAUUGAAUGAGAUGGUGGAAUCUCUUGGUAGAGAGAAAUCUGAUGUACAAAAUAGGCAAGGAGUAUUGAAAAUUCUUGGAAAAGAAUUGAAUGGGAAAAAAUAUUUGCUUGUAUUAGAUGACGUCUGGAAUACGAAUCCUAAUUUAUGGGUAGACUUGAGAAAUUCUUUGAUAGGAAUAAAAGGCUCUAAGGGAAGCAAAAUGUUAAUUACUACCCGUAGUUUGGAAGUCCUAUCAGCAAUUCAAAUAUUCCGGACUUGCACCUAUCAGUUGAAUCUACCAUCGGAGGAUGAUUGUUGGAAAAUAUUUAGUAAAAGAGCAUUUGCCAAUAGAGCACCAAGUGAAAUUCAAACUCUAGAUGUUAUUGGUAGAAGAAUGGUUGAAAAGUGUGAGCGUCUACCAUUAGCGAUAAAUGCAUUAGGAAGUUUACUAUACUCGAAACAAGAUAAGCAAGAAUGGGAGUUCGUCGAGAAGAGUGAAAUAUGGAAUUCCCUGGAAAAUAAAAAUGGUAUUCUACCAGUAUUGAGGCUUAGUUUCGACAACUUGCCUUCACCAUCUUUGAAAAAAUGCUUUGCAUAUUGUUCUAUUUUUCCAAAGGGCAAAGUCAUUAUAAAAGAUGAACUGAUUCAACUUUGGAUGGCUCUAGGAUAUCUUCAGCCUUCUUCAAGAAGCAAGGUGGACAUUGAAGAGUUAGGCAAUGAGAAUUUUAAAAUUUUACUGCGUAAUUCGUUAUUCCAAGAUGUGAAAUUUGAUGAGUACAACAAUAUCACAAGUUGCAAGAUGCAUGAUCUUGUACAUGAUCUUGCAAUCCACGUCUCACACGGUAAUUGUUUGACUUUGGAAGCUAGUGAGAUGAAGAAUAUUCCUGAUGUUCAACAUCUAUCUUUGGUUCUUAGGGAAGAAACAAGGUUAGACAUUUCAAAAGAAAAUGUUAGCAACUUGAGAACCGUGUUUUUAAGAGGACGUCUCCCCAAGAUCCAAAAAAAGUUUAAACGUAUUCGUGUGCUGGGUUUAGUGAAAUCUUCUGCGGAAGAGUUGCCAAGUUCAAUAUGCGAGUCCAUACAAUUAAGGUUUCUUGACAUCUCUGAGUCUUCUAUUUUGAAAAUCCCAAAUUGUAUCACCAAGCUCUAUAAUUUGGAAACAUUGAAACUACCAAAUUCUCUAAAAGAACUUCCGAAAGAUUUCCUUAACUUGGUUAGCUUGAGACAUUUUUAUAUUGAGGAUUCAAAUGAAAAUAGGGAAUUGAUACCAAAGAAUAUAGGGCAAUUGACAUCUUUGCGGACAUUACCCUUCUUUGUUGUGGGCAAUAAGAGUGGCCAAAGGAUUGAAGAGUUGGGUAGCUUAAGCAACCUAAGAGGUGGGUUACGUGUUUACGAUCUACAACACGUGAAAGACAAGGAAGAAGCAACAAAGGCUAGAAUGUUUGAAAAAGCAAACAUUCAAGAGUUAAGAUAUCACUGGGAUAAUGACUUUGGAGAGUCUGAAAAUAACCAUGAGGAUGUGUUGGAAGGACUCAAACCUCACCAAAAUGUCAAGGGAUUAAAAAUUCAAAAUUUUGGAGGAAGAGGUUUGGCGUCAUGGAUGAGUAAGGAUGCAUGCUUGCUUCAAAAUUUGGUGAAGAUCAUAUUAAGAGAUUGUAGAUUAUGUGAGCAAGUCCCUGCGCUCGGACACCUUUCGCAUCUUGUGAAAAUCACAAUCCAUGGUUUGCAGAACUUGAAGUGUAUUGGUCCCGAAUUUUAUGGACAAUAUGAAGAGAUUGAUUGUAAUUGUAGUAGCAGUGAAGGAGCAGCAGCAAGAGAAGUAUUUCCAGCAUUGAGGGAACUCCGACUUUAUAAAAUGCCCCAGCUAAGAGAAUGGUCAAACGAAUCAUCAUUGCCUAAGAUGAAGUUAUUCCCUCGUCUCCAGAAGCUAUACAUCUAUGCGUGCCCCGAGUUGAUAUCCAUUCCUGCGUUCAAGGGCUCAAACUCCCUUCAAGAACUUGCAAUUAGCGACUGCGGUGAGUUGACGUGUUUGCCAGAAGGGGUGCUACAACCAACCCUCAUAGAGAUAGACAUACGGCAGUGCCCAAAGUUAAAAACGCUCAAUCCAAUUGACAAAUCAGAAGCAGCAUUCAACGGCUCGAUGUGCCUUCGACAACUUCUGAUUUACGUUUGCCCAGAGUUGAUAACUCUUCCAGAAGGGGUGCUACAAUCAACCCUCCAAGAGAUAGACAUACGGCAGUGCCCAAAAUUAAAAACGCUCAAUCCAAUUGACGAAUCAGAAGCAGCAUUCAACAACUUGACAUCCCUUCAACAACUUCGGAUUUACGAUUGCCCGGAGUUGAUAACUCUUCCAGCAUGGGUGCUACAACCAACCCUCAUAGAUAUAGAUAUACAGCGGUGCCCAAAGUUAAAAAUGCGAAAUCCAAUUGACAAAAUAGCAGCAGCAUUCAACAGCUUGACAUCCCUUCGACGACUUUGGAUUCAUGAUUGCCCAGAGUUGACCCUUCCAGCGUUCAAGGGCUCUACCUCCCUAGAAGAACUUGAAAUUAAUGGUUACAUGGAGUUGACGUGUUUGCCAGAAGGGGUGCUACAACCAACCCUCCAAAAGAUAGACAUACGUGGAUUCCCAAAGUUAAAAACGCUCAGUCCAAUUGACGAAUUAGAAGUAGCAUUCAACGGCUUGACAUCCCUUCAAAUACUUGUGAUUUACGAUUGCCCGGAGUUGAUAACCCUUCCAGCAUGGGUGCUACAACCAACCCUCCUGGAGAUAGACAUACGAGGAUGCUCAAAGUUAAAAACGCUCAAUACAAUUGACAAAUCAGAAGCAGCAUUCAACGGCUUGAUAUCCCUUCAACGACUUUGGAUUUACGAUUGCCCCGAGUUGAUAACCUUUCCAGCAUGGGUGCUACAACCAACCCUCAUAGAUAUAGACAUAAAGCAGUGCCCAAAGUUAAAAAUGCUCAAUCCAAUUGACAAAAUAGUAGCAGCAUUCAACAGCUUGACGUCCCUUCGACGACUUCAGAUUUGUGAUUGCCCAGAGUUGACCCUUCCAGAGGCAGCGUUCAAGCGCUCAACCUCCCUUGAAGAACUUUUAAUUUCUAGUUUCACGGAGUUGACGUGUUUGCCAGAAGGGGUGCUACAACCAACCCUCCAAAAGAUAGACAUACGCAAAUGCCCAAAGUUAAAAACGCUCAGUCCAAUUGACGAAUUAGAAGCAGCAUUCAACGGCUUGGCAUCCCGUCAAAUACUUGUGAUUUACGAUUGCCCGGAGUUGAUAACCCUUCCAGCAUGGGUGCUACAACCAACCCUCACAGAUAUAGAUAUACAGCGGUGCCCAAAGUUAAAAAUGCGAAAUCCAAUUGACAAAAUAGCAGCAGCAUUCAACAGCUUGACGUCCCUUCGACGACUUUGGAUUUACGAUUGCCCGGAGUUGACCCUUCCAGCGUUCAAGGGCUCAAACUCCCUUCAAGAACUUGCAAUUAGCGACUACGGUGAGUUGACGUGUUUGCCAGAAGGGGUGCUACAACCAACCCUCCAAAAGAUAGACAUACGCAGAUGCCCAAAGUUAAAAACGCUCAGUCCAAUUGACGAAUUAGAAGCAGCAUUCAAUGGCUUGACAUCCCUUCAAGAACUUGUGAUUUACGAUUGCCCGGAGUUGAUAACCCUUCCAGCAUGGGUGCUACAACCAACCCUCACAGCUAUAGAUAUACAGCGGUGCCCAAAGUUAAAAAUGCGAAAUCCAAUUGACAAAAUAGCAGCAGCAUUCAACAGCUUGACGUCCCUUCGACGACUUUGGAUUUGCGAUUGCCCGGAGUUGACCCUUCCAGCGUUCAAGGGCUCAAACUCCCUUCAAGAACUUUCAAUUAGCGACUACGGUGAGUUGACGUGUUUGCCAGAAGGGGUGCUACAACCAACCCUCCAAAAGAUAGACAUACGCAGAUGCCCAAAGUUAAAAACGCUCAGUCCAAUUGACGAAUUAGAAGCUGCAUUCAAUGGCUUGACAUCCCUUCAAGAACUUGUGAUUUACGAUUGCCCGGAGUUGAUAACCCUUCCAGCAUGGGUGCUACAACCAACCCUCACAGCUAUAGAUAUACAGCGGUGCCCAAAGUUAAAAAUGCGAAAUCCAAUUGACAAAAUAGCAGCAGCAUUCAACAGCUUGACGUCCCUUCGACGACUUUGGAUUUGCGAUUGCCCGGAGUUGACCCUUCCAGCGUUCAAGGGCUCAAACUCCCUUCAAGAACUUGCAAUUAGCGACUACGGUGAGUUGACGUGUUUGCCAGAAGGGGUGCUACAACCAACCCUCCAAAAGAUAGACAUACGCAGAUGCCCAAAGUUAAAAACGCUCAGUCCAAUUGACGAAUUAGAAGCAGCAUUCAAUGGCUUGACAUCCCUUCAAGAACUUGUGAUUUACGAUUGCCCGGAGUUGAUAACCCUUCCAGCAUGGGUGCUACAACCAACCCUCACAGCUAUAGAUAUACAGCGGUGCCCAAAGUUAAAAAUGCGAAAUCCAAUUGACAAAAUAGCAGCAGCAUUCAACAGCUUGACGUCCCUUCGACGACUUUGGAUUUGCGAUUGCCCGGAGUUGACCCUUCCAGCGUUCAAUGGCUCAAACUCCCUUCAAGAACUUGCAAUUAGCGACUACGGUGAGUUGACGUGUUUGCCAGAAGGGGUGCUACAACCAACCCUCCAAAAGAUAGACAUACGCAGAUGCCCAAAGUUAAAAACGCUAAGUCCAAUUGACGAAUUAGAAGCAGCAUUCAAUGGCUUGACAUCCCUUCAAGAACUUGUGAUUUACGAUUGCCCGGAGUUGAUAACCCUUCUAGCAUGGGUGCUACAACCAACCCUCACAGAUAUAGAUAUACAGCGGUGCGCAAAGUUAAAAAUGCGAAAUCCAAUUGACAAAAUAGCAGCAGCAUUCAACAGCUUGACGUCCGUUCGACGACUUUUGAUUCAAGAUUGCCCGGAAAUGACCCUUCCAGAGGCAGCGUUCAAGGGCUCAACCUCCCUUGAAGAACUUAUAAUUUCUGGUUUCACGGAGUUGAAGUGUUUGCCAGAAGGGGUGCUACAACCAACCCUCAUAGAUAUACGGCUACUUAACUGUCCAAAGUUAAAGACACCCAAUCCAGAUGCAUUACGCACCCUCACAUCCCUCAAGGUGCUGGCUAUUAUAUCGUGUUCAAAUUGGGGGAGUUGUAGGGAGAAGGGGCUGGUUUGCACCACUAGCCUUCAAAGAUUGGGUAUAGGUAAAUUCGGAGAGGAGAAUAGAUAUUUCCCCUGGCCCUCCACAAGUGCAGCAUCACAACCAUGGAUCCAUUUCAACUCCCUUGAGGAACUAGAUUUAUGGGGAUGGUCAGAGGUCAAGUCUCUUCCUGAUCAACUUAAGCACCUCCCUGCCUUGAGAACUUUGAAAAUUUGGAAUUUCGAUGGGUUGGAAUCUCUGCCAGAGUGGCUGGGUAAACUUUCAUAUCUUGAAUCUUUGUCUAUACGUGGGUGUCCCCUUCUUGGGAAAAGAUGCGAAAAGGGAAGCGGCGAAGAUUGGCACAAGAUUGCUCAUAUUCCAUCCAUUGAAAUAGAUGGAAGGAGAAUAGAGUGAGCUGAAGUGUAGCCUCUCCUUGCAGAUGAAGCAUGAAACUCCCCUACGAAUCAUGAAAUUUUUAUUUACUGCAUUUUCAUUUGUUUGCUUAUUUUCAGACUUGGUACUCUCUAAAUGUAAUAAGCCCCUCUGUUCUCUCGGUCUUACAAAUUCUGAGACCUCUCCAACAACAAAAGAAUAGGGGUUGUGACGUGUUGAAGAAAGUAGUUCUUAACUAAUUAGCUCCUUUAUGUAUUUAAAUCAUGUGAGUGAAACGGUUUUAGUAACCUGUUCUUGUGUUCACAGAGAUCUCAGUGUAAAUACAAACUGAAAAUUAUGCUCAAGG